UUGACCAAAAUAUGCAAGUGAAGAGUAGUACGUUCUUCUUUAGUAGUUGCACGCUUCAAACUCAAGCAAAGGCCCUUUUCACACGUUGCCGGCACAGAAAAUCACAAACUUCAAUCCCUAUUUCUUCUUGUUCCCUUCAACCUUAAUCUUCUCUUUACAUUAUAUAAUUCAUUAUCAUCUUCACAUAUGAUCUCCACCUAAUCCCGUUUCCUGUUUCCCUAUAUAUUUUCAACUAAACCUCCCAUUUCUGGAGUGAAUUUUUGGAAUAUCAUCGAAAAAAAUGCCGGAGGAGAAGGACGCAACAUCAGUGCCACUUAGUCAAGGCUCCCGCGAAGAUGAAGAUCCCGAGGAUCCCGUGAAAUCUCCUCCUAAUUCUCCAAAUUCUUCCACCCGUGAGGCUUGCUGUUUUGUGCUUCAAAGUUGGGUCUCAAAGAAGUUCAUGACUGGAUGUGUAGUUCUAUUUCCUGUUGCUGUCACAUUUUUCGUGACUUGGUGGUUUAUUCAGUUUGUUGAUGGUUUCUUCAGUCCACUAUAUGAACAACUGGGCAUUGAAAUAUUUGGUCUUGGAUUUGUGACAUCUUUAGUUUUUGUAUUUCUCGUUGGUGUCUUCGUUUCAUCAUGGCUGGGUGCUACUGUUUUCUGGAUCGGAGAGUGGAUUAUAAAGAAAUUGCCGUUCGUUAAGCAUCUAUACUCAGCCUCCAAGCAAAUCAGUUCUGCAAUUUCUCCAGACCAAAAUACUACUGCAUUUAAGGAAGUAGCAAUUAUACGCCAUCCACGAGUAGGGGAAUAUGCAUUUGGAUUUAUCACUUCAUCUGUCCUGCUACAGACUGAUAAUGGAGAUGAAGAACUAUGCAGCGUGUUCGUCCCAACGAAUCACUUAUAUAUUGGGGAUAUAUUGUUGGUUAAUUCCAAGGAUAUAAUAAGACCUGAGCUGUCUAUUCGUGAAGGAAUAGAGAUCAUUGUUUCUGGGGGCAUGACAAUGCCACAACGGAUUUCACCUGUUGAAAGGGUUGCUCGACGAGGUGAAAGAAUUCCGCUCAACAGAAUGCCAUAGAAAUUCCGAAAUCUGAUGUCAGGUAACUGUCGAAGUCAUGGUGAAAACAGGAAAAUUUGAUGUUCAGUCUAUGAAGUCUCAGAUCAUAUUUGGCUAAGCUUAAAAUUUUAAAUUGUAUGUAUGUAAUUUUUUUAACCGAUCAAAUUUGAAAAUAAGUUUCGUACUUUGACACUAAGGAGCAACACCCAAAAGAAGUGACUUUUCUUGCUUAAAAAGGCAGAAAAAGUUAACUUGUUCGGCAUCGUGGUGCGCCCAUCCCACUGAAGAUUUAGUCCCACUCAUGCCACCCAGCCUCACCUCAACUCCAGACCAUUUCAUUCCAUUUACAUUUCUCUCCACCCUUCUUCUACUUAUCUCUCCUCUAUCAUCGAUGCUCUGGCUAGAAAGAGAACUGGUAUCGUUUGGCGCCUAGUAUGAUUGUGGAAUGGAGGCAUAAACCCAUAAAUGGUGCCAAAUUGCGAAUGUACGCGACGGUGAAAUGACGAUAUGAGCAAUUGCAGCGUCAAACUGACGAUCUAAACAACCGCGGCGACUAACUGGCAAUCUAAGGGCCUGCGAUGGGGAGCUCUAGAUCUAAGCACCUAUGGUGGGGAACUCGCGAUCUGAGCAACUGUAGCGACGACUUGUUGAUAUAAGCGCUUACUGUGGCAAAUUGUACCCAGAUUGCUAGAAACUGCAAUCUUGUUCUGAUUUUGUGGUUUCCAGUGUUUUUUGGUGGAUUUAGGCUUUAUCGUUUCCGAUUGAUAUGUUGGAGAUUCCUUUA